CCCUUUUCCGACGACUUAAAGUGGUGAAGUCCAAACGCACCGUUUUGACAAGGAGUCCCGCUCCACUUCCCUGGAUAUGGAUAGAGUAUUGCAUUCAAACCUCACCCGCAGGUGAAGAAAUAUGUUAACACUCACAGCCAGCUCUCUCCCCAUUCGCACCGCUUCCGCAAUCCAAAGGGGUCUACUCACUGUUCGCUCCGACGCAUUCCCUUCUUUCCUUCCCAAAGAAGUCGAGAACAUCAAAGACCCAUUUGCCCGGAAACUCGCUACACGAAUAGAAAGGCUUCCCGUUAGUUUUGGUGAGAAUUGUGUGAUGAGUAGCUGUGUGAAGCCGUUGGUACAGAGCGAGACGAGUCCGGUGGUUCUUCUCCAUGGUUUUGAUAGCUCCUGUUUAGAAUGGAGAUACACUUAUCCAUUGCUUGAGGAAGCUGGCCUCGAGACUUGGGCUGUUGACAUUCUUGGUUGGGGUUUCUCUGAUUUAGAAAGACUCCCCCCAUGUAAUGUGGCCUCGAAGCGAGACCAUUUUUUUCAGCUUUGGAAGUCCUACAUUAAAAAGCCAAUGAUAUUGGUUGGACCAAGCCUCGGUGCUGCUGUUGCAAUUGACUUUGCAGCCAGCUAUCCAGAAGCAGUUGAAAGGCUAGUUUUGAUUGAUGCAAGUGUGUAUACAGAAGGCACCGAAAAUCAACCAACCUUGUCUAAAAUGUUAGCCUAUGCUGGAGCAUAUAUAUUGAAGAGUUUCCCUUUGCGCUUCUAUGUAACCUUUUUGUGCUUCACUGGCAUAUCAUUGAGUACCAGCCUAGAUUGGACAAAUAUUGGCCGCUUGCAUUGCCGGUUUCCUUGGUGGGAGGAUGCACUUGUGGAUUUCAUGAUGAGUGGGGUGUACAAUGUUAGUGCCCAGAUAGAACAGGUAAAGCAGAGGACACUUAUCAUAUGGGGCGAGGAAGACCAGAUCAUUAGCAACAAGCUUGGAGUGAGAUUGCACUCUGAACUGCCAGAUGCAAUUAUACGACAAAUACCAGAUUGCGGACACAUUCCUCAUGUAGAAAGGCCGAGCUCUGUUGCGAAAAUGAUUCUGGAAUUUGUUCGAGAAGCUCAGUACAAAGAGGUUGAAUAUAGUACUCAAUUCUGAAGGUUUCCUUUUCAUCUCCGCUUUGUUGAUAUUGAGCAUAGUUGUUUUGAACCUCACCAUUUCAUGGGAUUCACCCUGUCCUAUAUUUUAUAAAUUUGGCAAAUCUUGAAUCGUUCAUC